CGAUUAUUGGGAAGUAUCGACUUUGGGAAGGAUAGAAUGGAAGUUUUGGAAAGUCGUUGUAACGACACGCUUAUAAACAAAGAGCGAGCCAAUCAGCAAACGAGACAGGGGGUGCCUCUGACGUUUCAUCAAGCUGGGACUCUUUUUGACCGUCUUCCUCUUCCGUCGCUGCUGGAGAACUGAAGUUCAAGAAGAACUGGGUGAGAUAGAAAAUGCUGUGGGCUGUGAUAAGUGCUGUGCUGUUGUCCACUGGUGUGGUCCAGUGUGACAGAACCAUCCUGAGGAAGGAAAGCCUGGACCCAGAGGUCAACAUGAACAUUAGUGAGAUCAUCCGUUACUGGGGCUACCCUGCGGAGGACCAUGACGUGGUGACAGAGGACGGAUACAUCCUCAGUGUCAACAGGAUCCCUCACGGCCUGGUCGACCAGCCAGGCAGCGCAGGCCCCAAACCUGUGGUGUUCCUCCAGCAUGGCCUCCUGGCUGCGGGCAGCAACUGGAUCACCAACCUGCCCAACACCAGCCUGGGCUACCUAUUAGCAGACGCUGGCUACGACGUCUGGCUGGGCAACAGCCGAGGAAACACCUGGUCUCGCAGACACAUCAGUCUCAGCCCCUCCCAGAAAGAGUUCUGGGAGUUCAGUUAUGAUGAGAUGGCCAAGAAGGAUCUUCCCGCUGUGGUCAACCACAUCCUGAAGACCACGGGCCAGGAACAGAUCUUCUAUGUGGGCCACUCCCAGGGGACCACUAUAGCCUUCAUAGCCUUCUCCAGCAUGCCAGAGCUGGCCAGUAAGAUCAAGAUGUUUUUUGGACUGGCUCCCGUGGCAACGGUAGCCUUCACCGCUAGCCCCAUGACCAAACUGUCACUGUUACCAGACUUCCUCAUCUGGGACUUGUUUGGUAGGAAGGACUUCUUCCCUCAGAGUGAUCUGAUUAAGUGGUUUGCUAAGGAGUUCUGCAGCAAGGAACCGCUCAGCGAGCUGUGUGGAAACCUGUUCUUUGUCCUCUGCGGUUUCGACGAGAAGAACCUCAACAUGUCACGGACUCCUGUCUACACCACCCACUGUCCUGCUGGAACAUCUGUCCAGAACAUGGUCCACUGGUCUCAGGCCAUCCAUGGAGGCAAGCUGAUGGCUUACGACUACGGGAGAGCAGGCAACAUGGCUCACUAUAACCAGUCCACACCCCCACUGUACAGGGUGCAGGACAUGCAGGUCCCCACAGCCCUCUGGUCCGGGGGCCACGACACGCUGGCAGACCCCAAGGACGUGGCGGUGCUCCUGACCCAGGUUCCCAAACUGGUGUUCCACCAGCACAUCGAGGCCUGGGAGCAUCUGGACUUCAUCUGGGGCCUGGACGCUCCCCAGCUGGUGUACCAGCAGAUGAUCAAGCUCAUGGAGAAGCACCGCUGAGGGGCUUGAGGGUGUGUGUGUGCUCGUAGUGGAGUAUGGCAGGGGAACACAGGAAUGCCUUUCUUCGAGGGAGAAUCACUUAAAUUACUUCUGUCUUCUUUCUCGGUAAAUCACUUUGUUUUUAACAAUGCUGAAUUCAUUUUAUCCUUGUGAAAACACUGAUCCGUUCUGAUUUUAUUGAUUGUAACUUCAUGGAAAGACCCAUGGAUGGAUGGAUGGAUGGAUGGAUGGUACUGGGGUGGGUGACAGUCUGAGAAACUCCAGUAUAGUUAAACAUUCAACACAGCGGAGCAGUCAACAGUCUGAGCCUCAGAGAAUCAGCAGGUGACCUCAAAAGGUUUAAACAAACUAUGUGCACUUUCCAAACUGCAGUGUUGUAUGUGUGAAUGGCUUCAAGAAGAUCAAAAUAAGAAAAUCAUGUUUUUCUAUGUUGUGUUCUGUCACACUACUACUACUACCUUUGGUUUACAGCUAACAUGUAUUGAAGUGUAGGAAAAUUUGAGUUGAUUUUCAACUUGUGAAAAAUUGACAUAUCUAUGCUGCUUUGGGAUGGAUUUGAUCACUAAAUAAACAUCCAUUGUUUACUCAUUA